AACCGUCGCUACAACGUAGUAUCGUCGCUUCAACGAUCGACCAACACUGCGUUCAAUAUUACCAUGGCCUCCAAGCGCGAGCAGCCAGGCAGUUCCAACAAGGAGACGACGCCAGAAGAUGCAUUGGCGAAGCUCGACAAGAUGGCCAUUAUGAGGGAUGAAAAUGGGGCCAUCAAACGAUUCUUGGCGUACCAUCACCUCCACGAUGGAGAACUGAGUACCAUCAAUCUCGAACAAGCCAGGGUUAUACUCGGCGAGCUUGCGCGCUCCGACCAGCCAAUUCCGUCGAAUCACGCAUUCUACAAGCUCUGCAUGAAAGCCGUCAAGGAGAUCGAAGCGUGGCGAGGUCGUCACCCCAACUUCAACAUGGCCAUCGCUCAGAAUAAAAUGCCAUGGAUCCCAACAUCGAUCAGCCUAUCGGCACUCCGAUACUUGGACCCGAAAUAUGCGGGCUUUCCCCCAAAAGUGGACGCCGCAUUCAAGAAGGCGAAACUCAGCGAAUUUCCGGCGGUUGGAGGUCGAUCGAAUUGGUGGAACAAUGCAGCGUUGGACAACGAGAAAUGGCGGGACGAUAACCUAGUAGCGAAAAGCUCGAAGCCCCCGGUCCCUGGGUUUAGGGUCAAAGAGCUUCUCCGCCUUACGAUCUCGAGAACGAUCUUUGCCCGGUGUCGAUUGGUACCUCCCUCGCUGAGGAGGCAUCAUCGUCCUCCACCUCAGACGAUACCUAGUAGCGACGCCGAAAAUGAGGAGGAUGAGUCGAAACCCAAGAAGCGUCGCAAGACGGGUCACCCGACACCCUUCAACAACUUUCUCGGGACGGAGGAUGAGGCCGCGUCGACAGACCGACAGAAAUUCCUCAACGCUAUAGACAGAUACCAAAAGGCCUCCAAAAAGGAGGACGAGGCCCUGCAACGCCUCGCCGAUGCCCGACAAACCGCCGCCGCCGCCACAAAGGAGAGGAACGAGGCGGUGAGCAACGCAUUGGAGGUUAUGGUGGAGAUGCAACUCGGGGCCGACUUGAGACGCCGUAAUUUAGCGGUCCGCGUAGGUGACAUGGAGGAUGCAUCCGCGGAUGGUAACGGCGAGGGUGGGUCAGCCUAUUAAUGGUUGAGCCUUCGGCCGAUGGAUUGCUUUUAUUUUUGCUCAUCUUUUCACUCAAUAUGGGUUGAUGCAUUGGUUUGACGGGGACCUGGUCCCGUCCAUUUUAUUCUUCGACAUCAUCAUCAUCUUUUAUUCUUCGACAUCAUCAUCAUC